AUGUCACCCAUUAGCACACAACCAAGAGGGAAUGACUUAAAAUUUUUUUGUGUUUAUUUCUAUUGGUGUUUUUUCCAUUUAUGUUCAUGUUUGAACAUAAUUGGAAUAAUACCAAUUAUAUAUGCCUUUUAUCUUGCUUAAUUCAGCAAAAAUUCUUAGUGAAAAAAAUUUAAUGUAGAGGAGGAAAAAGUUCUCCGUGACCCUCUUAGGGUCCCUAGCUGGGUCUGGAAACUAAACUGACAAAGACAGAUUAACUGAAGAAAACCAUACAGGUUUAUUUAAUAUAAGUUUUAUGUGACACAGGAGCCUUCAUAAGGAAAUGAAGACCCAAAGAAAGAGACCUGAGUAUUUUAUGUUGGGUUUGAUGAGGAGUGGGUAGUUGUGGAGGAAUAUGAUAGUUGGAGGAGUCUGAGGUAACUAGAAAACCAGGAAACAAACUUAGCAAGGCCUGUUUGUUAGGAUUCUUCUUGGCAUCCCUUUGUCCUUGCAGAUAAGGAUGAUCCUUUCAUCUGUGUGUAGAGAGGGCAUCCCUCACUUGAGGAUUUUAUGACCUGUUUCAGGGAAGAAGGGCGAGAGGGGGGAGGUCAGAGUGACAUUUCUGCCUCUGCCAUUUUCUCACACUCCUUCACCUCAAAAUAUUCAGUAUGCCAAGUUGCCAUAUUUUGGGGUAGUGUGUCCUGAAUCCUAUCACAUUCACAGUUAUUUCUUGAAUGGCUAUUAUGUGCCAGAUCUUAUUUUAGGCACUAGGGAUACAGCAGUGACCAGAACAAACUUCUUAUUCUCAUGGAGUUUACAUUCUAGUGGGAAAAGCUAAUAAACAAAUUAGCAAAUGGGGAUCAUUAAAUGCUAAGUGCUCUGAAGAAAACAGAAUAAAGAUAUAUAGUCACUUUGUUUUUUAGUAAAGUUGUGCUAAUUUGCCUUCCCUACAGGAGUGUGUGAGAGUGUCUAUCUCAUUUUGUCAUCACUGAAUAUGAUCAUUUUAAAACAUUUGUUAGGGGCCGGCCUGGUGGUGCAACGGGUUAAGUUCACACGUUCCACUUCUGGGCAGCACGGGGUUUGCCACUUGGAUCCUGGGUGUGGACAUGGCACUGCUUGGCAAAAAGCCAUGCUGUGCAAAUCCCUAGGAGAAGAUGACUGUGUUCUUUAAAACACUUCGAAAUCAUUGGAAAAAAACUACAGCUGGGAUCUGCCUGCUGACAUGGGGAGGCCAUUGGCUCUAUGGAAAACACUGUGAUAACCUCCUAAGGAGAGCAGCCUGUGAAGAAGCUCAGGUGUUUGGCAGUCAACUCAUUCCUCCCAAUGCACAAGUGAAGAAGGCAACCGUCUUUCUCAAUCCUGCAGCUUGCAAAGGCAAAGCCAGGACUCUAUUUGAAAAAAAUGCUGCCCCGAUUUUACACUUAUCUGGCAUGGACGUGACUGUUGUUAAGACAGAUUAUGAGGGCCAAGCCAAGAAACUCCUGGAACUGAUGGAAAACACAGAUGUGAUCAUUGUUGCUGGAGGAGAUGGGACAUUGCAGGAGGUUAUUACUGGCGUUCUUCGAAGAGCAGAUGAGGCUACCUUCAGUAAGAUUCCCAUUGGAUUUAUCCCACUGGGACAGACCAGUAGUUUGAGUCAUACCCUCUUUGCCGAAAGUGGAAACAAAGUCCAACACAUUACAGAUGCUACACUUGCCAUCGUGAAAGGAGAGACAGUUCCACUUGAUGUCUUGCAGAUCAAGGGUGAAAAGGAACAACCUGUGUUUGCCAUGACUGGCCUUCGAUGGGGAUCCUUCACAGAUGCUGGCGUCAAAGUUAGCAAGUACUGGUAUCUUGGGCCUCUAAAAACCAAAGCAGCCCACUUUUUCAGCACUCUUAAGGAGUGGCCUCAGAUUCAUCAAGCCUCUAUCUCAUACAUGGGACCUACAGAGAGACCUUCCAGUGAAGCAGAAGAGACCCCUCCACGGCCCUCCUUGUACAGGAGAAUAUUACGGAGGCUUGCGUCAUACUGGGCACAACCGCAGGAUGCCCUCUCCCGAGAGGUGGGCCCAGAGGCCUGGGAAGAAGUGCAGCUGUCCACCAUUGAACUGUCCAUCACAACGCGGAACAGUCAGCUUGACCUGACAAGCAAAGAAGACUUUAUGAACAUCUGCAUUGAACCUGACACUGUCAGCAAAGGAGACUUCAUAACUACGGGAAGUAAGAAGGUGAGGGACCCCACGCUGUAUGCCGAGGGCACCGAGUGUCUCCAGGCCAGCCAGUGCACUCUGCUGCUUCCCGAGGGAACGGCGGGCUCUUUUAGCAUCGACAGUGAGGAGUAUGAAGCGAUGCCUGUGGAGGUGAAACUGCUCCCCAGGAAACUACAGUUCUUCUGUGAUCCGAGGAGGAGGGACCAGAUGCUGCGGAGCACGGCUCAGUGACAGACGAAGGAGACGGGCGCUCUGGGACUGCACUUAGGCCACCAGUGGGACCAAACGGGAACAAAGCCUCUCCUGUCCCCACAGUGCUGUCAGAGGACCCCGAGGGCACUUUUAUGGCAAGUACCCCCUGCCCUUCUCUAGCAGUGCUUCCGAAGUGUACUCUGUGCGACCCGCUUUGCAGUUGGCUUUCCGUUAGCGCAUGCUUUUACUUUGGUGUGACCGUUGAUGCCUCAUACUGAUUUUCCUCAGGCUAGUUCCAGUAGAUUCUCACACUCAGUGGAUAGAGAAGGGCUAGACCUUGUCUCCCCAAGGGUGAGCAGAGUGGAGAACAGGCUCCUAGGCUGUCGUGCCCUCCGUUCCUGUCCUGCUCUUUGGCCGUCCCAGGACUUCAGGGAAGCUCCUGCCUUCCCCGCCACCUUGUCCUGCUUCUAGGCUUCUCCAUGGGUGCUGCUGCUUUGUGAGCUGAUUCUUAUUUAGCUCAUUUCAGGUCUAUCCUCAAUCCACAAACAUGUGAGGUGUUUCCCUCUUCAGCUAUGGCUGAAAUCCUGUAAAAUACUAGUUUUUAUUUGACUUUUUUAAAGUAGUGCUUCUUAAAUGUUGGUUUGCAUGAGAACCACCGGGGGUGCAUGUUGAACGCUGACUUACUUGGAACCCAAACAAUCCAGGGAUGAAGGCCAGGAAUCUGCAUUUUUGAAAAAGCAGCCACUCUCCCCAGGGAGGUCCCUCAACCCUACCUGCUACCUGGACAAACAGUGUGAGCAGUGGUCCACGCACUGUUCUGCUCGUGUCUUCCCUAAAAGCAUUUUGAAAAAUCAUGUAUCCCCUCACCCUUUUAAGUUGACAUCUAACAUUUUUCCUGGGAAGUUAAAGAGUUGCCAAAGUAUGUACUUUCUGGUGUCAUGUAACUAUUGAUAUUUUAAAAUAAAACUGUUACAUCACUCUUUUAAACA